UUCUAUCCGUCAUUCUUAAUCAUUCGUUUCCCCAAGCAUUUCACCCUCCAUCGAAUCAUUUCCCAUCCUCAACAAUACUCUCGAGCUGAAAAAUGUCAAAUAUCAACCCAAGCAAUCCCCCUCAAGGCCUUACCAGCAGAGCCGCUGCGACCCACAGUCCGGAUAUGAUGGCAUUCACCCACCCUCAUCCAGUCGACCAACAGGAAAUCCAAUUCGACAUCUCUCGACGUCGUAAGGGGGUCUGCAAAUUUUUCAAUUCGCAAAAAGGUUUUGGCUUUAUAAAUGACGAUCACCCCGAAGAACUGGGUAAUCAAGAAGUUUUUGUGCAUUAUACUUCGAUCGAGAGUAAAGGCAAUUUUCGUUCACUAGCUGAAGGGGAAGAGGUCGAAUAUGUGGUCGCACCCGGCCAGAAGGGUUUUCAGGCCACUGAAGUCACGGGUCCAGCCGGACGAGCGGUGCAGGGGGAUGUCAAAUCGAAAAUGCCGAAGACGCCAACGUUCGUACCGUACCCCAUGGGCAUCAUGCCUGCAGCGGGCGCCUACGCCCUGGCCGGCGCGGGUUCGCCUUACAUGCAACCUGACCCUUACAUGGCGGCGGGUGCCUAUCCAGCUCCAUACCCCGGGCAGGUGUUCUACAUCCCCUCUCCCAUGGGAGUGAUUGCGGGCGGCCACUCUCCUAACUUGACGGCGAUGUCUCCGUACGCGGGUGCGACAAGUCCCCAUCCUUCCACCCGAUCGCCCACUAUUCCCUUUACACACCAUCAACAUGGUCAGGUGGCCAUGGCACUCUCACCACAACCCGCCGCGGGAGGAUUCGGAUUUGGAAGCCCUUCGAUGGCAUACGGAUUUGGGGGCUCUUCGGGAUCCGCAGGGCUUCCGGGCGCCUCGCCUGGUGCCGGAAGUGGGGUUGGCGAGAUGCGUUCGCCCAGAAUCGUUAGCGCAGGCGGCGGUGGCAGUCGUGGACUGGCCGGCUCGUCCCAUUUUGGUGCCGAACCAAUCCAUCCUCGAGCCGGUCCUGUCGGCAGUGUUGGUGGACAAAACCAACUCCGAGGCUUUUCGAAUGGAGGCGGCAGUUCCGGCUCAUUGUUGUAUACUACCGGCAGCGGUGUCCCACCCAGUCAUCAUUAAAAACUGUGGAUGGUUAUCAAGGACGUGGGGUUUGCGUUCUUUUUAUGUUUUGUUUUGUUCACUUGAGUUUUUUUUUUUUUCGAUUUGGUCAGGCAUACCCCCUCCCCUCUCUAUAAUCAGAAAAGCAAAAAGAAGACAUUCUACAUAUUCCGUUCCAUAGGUUUAAUUAGUGUCGAUCAUAAGCAUCCACCCCUCUCUUCCCUUUUGCUCUCUUUAUAGCAUCAUCUUCACACUCACCCUCACACCCUCACAGAAUUGAAUCUCUUAGAAUAAAACCUCAAAAAUACACUUAAAACCAACAAAAACAAAAAUAUUCUAAAUUAGAAAAACAGAACUUUUUUUUUACUUUACUUCAUGUAGCUCUCAGUUCUUUGUUGUUCUACAUAAUCCAGAAGAGUGAAAAUACAUACAUACAAGCCUGUCUGAGUAGUUCAACAAUGGUCUCUUUUUUCCCUUUCCUUCUUCAUUUUUCACUUUUUUUGAUUUUUGUUUUGAGAUCCUAGCAAAUCCUCACAUGCUCUUAUUUUUCUCUAAUUACAUACACACAAAAAGCAUUUCUUACUUGACUUGACUUCCUUCACAUUGUGUUUUGAAAAAAGACAAAGAAAGAAAGACUUUUUUUGAUUCACUGUAUGUUGGUUUUCCCUUCAACUUGGUUGUCAUUUCUCAGAAUAUUUCCCAGUUUUAGAUUCUUUCUUUUUGGUCCUAUAUUUCCAAUUUUUACAUAGCUAUAUAAAGUGAAAACAAAAUAGUAAACACUUAAUUACAUCAAUAACUCAUAAUAUUUGAAACAAAACAGACAUCUUAGUAUAUACAAAUAAGUUGCUGCUAGAGAAUGAAAUACCACUUAUAUUCUCAUCUAUAAUCUUAUAAGAUUUUCAGUGUCAAAUUUGUUCAUCCUCUUCAUAAUCUAAAUCCACUUUGACACCUCAAACAAAUUUUUCAGGCUUUCAAUUGUUCCCAAGUCCAAUUUUGCAUCAACUGACACUCUUG